UAUUAUAGUACAUUUAAUAUUACAGUACAAAUGUAUUUCUUAAAAUCCAUUAAAUGAAUUUUGAGAUUGAUUUUCUCGAGUAGAAUCAUUUUUAAAAUAGAAGGAAGAUAUAGCGAGACAUUUCCAUGCAAUUAGAUGAGCAAUUUUUCUCCCUCUUUAUUGGAUAAAUUUGUCAUUGUAUCUCUCUCGCUUUCUCUCACGAGUUGAGAAACACCCGCGUCAGAAUAUCGCGGUUACGGCAUCGUGUACACACAAUGUCUCAAUGUUUGUCGACAUAACAUCGCUCUCUUGGUGCGAAGAAUGGAGUGGGAAAAGCCCAACUGGCCGGCACGCUUCAGCAGGUUGCCGACGAAGAACGACUUAGUAGUCGGACGAUCUUUGCCAUCUUACUUUGCGGGGCACAAGUGCUUCGCGCUUAUCAGUGCUGUGCCAAUUUGAUACCCGACACGGAAAUGUAUUCCAUUGUGCGUUGGUAACGAGCUCGCCAGUGUUUCUGAUAAGAGACUUCCGAUGGCCGUGUAUACGCGUAACCAAAUUUAUAUUUCUCCGCCUGUACUUUUCGCCGGCGUGACUCACCGGCGGUGCUAAUCGGGCGAUAUCGAGCACGAGCGAUCAUCGUGAGGAAGUGCUUAUAUUUGUACUUUACGAUUUUUGUAAACAAGACACACAAGUGAAUCAGCGUGUAAAUCUAUGCUCACGGACACUUUUUCUCUCGCGUUUUUUUUUUCCUUUUCUUGCGCGUGUCAGUUGCUGACAUAUAGUGUUGCCGCGUCGAGUGUAAAAGCGUGAGCUUCACAGCGCGGGAGGUUCUUCAGAUUAUCCAUCUCGAGUGCUUGCUGUAGAGAUUACUUUCUUCGCGAGAGCUUGUCAUAAGAAGUGUGUACAUUAUACAGUGACAUAAAAUCGAGUAUAAUUGACAUUUUGGAUUGAGAAAAUAUUAAUUUAGAAAAACAUUAUAGAGCUUCUCAACGCGCAUAUGGUACGAAAGAUGCGGAGUCAUCGCGCACGUCAACGGCAACUUGUACAUUUCCGCUGGAUUAUGAAAUCCCGUGACUGACACUUUUUAUCAUGCAAAGCAUCAUGAAAAGCUAAUGCUUCACGUUCCUAUUAAGAAUGUCAUACCGAGUUACGUUAUCCGCGAAAUGAAAGACAAAGAACAGAGACCCGGUUUUGUCUGUUUGGACGUGAGCCCAUGAAAGAUGCAAGCCGAUCGAACGGGAGAUGUGAACGAAUUCGCAGUCAUUUUGCGAGCGAGGAGAACUACGGAAUUUGCGACAAGAGCCCGGACGAAAAUAACACGUUACACAAACGCUGUUCAACAAAUCGCAAUUCAUACGUCGUAUUUGCAAAAGCUGCGAAACGUUCAAAGCACACUUUUCAUUCGUAAGGGUAAUUCGCGCAGGGGGGAGACCGGGGGAGGUACCGAAUGUACCGAAUUUGAAAUCGAUGGUACAUUCAAUCCGAGCCCAGCCCGUCCGAAGUCGAUGCCACGUCGAGAGAGAUAGCGAUCGAUAAAAAUAUAUGCAAAAUUGAUACCAUGCAGAGAGAGGAUCCGAUCGAAGCGGCAACCGUCGCUUCGUCCAAAAUGGAACCGCCGCCGUCCGAAAUAGAUCUCUCAUCUAAACUAAAUGUGGCAAGUGAACUUAACACUAUACCCAAGAUCGAAGUUACGUCGGAAAUUAAUGUCACGUCCAAGAACGACGUCGCCGCCGAGACAAUGGCCACGGGGAAGAACCCCGCCGACGAGGCGUGUGAAGUCGACGCGAAUAUGAUGUCUAAUAAAAUAGAUGUGGUGUCUACCGAUAAAUCAUCCGAAGGCACCAACGUGCCUUCCACAGGAUUAUGCCGGCAGCUCGACGCGGAUCAACGCGAGAGACGUCAUUCCAUCGCGGAAUUGGAUCGAUCCGUAUCAAAACAUAAAUUCGAGAGGGAUUUCGCCGAGGCGGAGAGCAACGCUGCCGCCGUAAGCAGCGUCGCUCUCAGCGUCUCGGCGUCGGACGACAAUUUUUGCGAGAAUAUUCGGCGCGAGGAGACCUCGAGAGAAUCGAGCCCCGUCGUGGGCGAAAAAUCGAGGAUUCAGCACGCGUUCGCAGUUGAAGAGCCCCCGAAGGUGAAACGAGCCGAGGAACUAUUUGUCGAGACGACAACUUCCGAAAUUACGGAGGAAGGAUCGAGUGCUGUCGAAAGCGAGAAAUCGAGGCUUGAGGGAGCGAUGAUAGGAGUUUGGAAGGCACGAGUGACCGAAGGACCAACCACGACCGAGGGCCUGUCCGGAAUCAAGAAACGGAAGGCAAAGGGUUCAUUAAGAAGCUCCCUGGGGCGGAAGGUGGAUUUGAUAGAGAGGAUAUUGGAGGAUCAGGUGGAGCGUAUCUGGGAGGAGAACGUGGAGAAGCAUACGUGGCUGCAGCCGAUCGAGACGUGGAUCGCCGAUCAUCGCAGACCGUCUUCCAGCUACACGUUAACGCAUUGUCAACCCGAUGAUGAGGCAUCCGAGAACUUCGAGGCGAAUAUCAAUCGGGAAGUUAUGCCGGAACCUACAUACGAUUUCAAGUUUACACCGGCCAGGGAAGAGAACGAGGAGCCGAAGAUCGAGAGCAGACUGGAGGAUCGACGAGCCGCGAAGAUCGACGAGCCGAGAGCCGAGAGCAAGAUGACCGAACAUUGGCGAAAAUUACGAAAUCGAGCUUCCGCAAAAUCGGAUCGGUCUGACCAAGCGAAUUUAAUUACACAGCUGAACAAGCAAGAAAUUGUUCUCCCACACGUGGGGAAUGUGGAGGAAAAUCCAAACGUUUUAAACGAUCCCGGCGUUUUGGAAGUGAAGGAGAUCAAACGCCACGACCUUCUGGACAGAUUAAAGGGCAACGUUAAGGGGAAGAUAGAAGAUAUUCAUAGGUAUUUUCAGAGAACCAAUCGAUUGGCGGACGUGAAUAGACGAUUGAAAUCACAAAUAUGGAGUUCGGUGGUGACAAUUGUGCUCGUCGAGGCGAAGAGUUUGUUGCCGAUGGACAUAGAUGGUUUGUCGGAUCCUUACGUGAAGUUCCGGCUCGGCACGGAGAAAUACAAAUCGAAAGUCGUUAACAAAACAUUGAAUCCAAUUUGGUUGGAGCAGUUCGACCUCCAUCUCUACGAAGACCCGUAUCUAGGACAAGAGUUGGAGGUGACGGUUUGGGACAGAGAUAGGAGUCAUCAGGACGAUCUAAUGGGCAAGACGGUGAUCAAUCUGGCGACCCUCGAGCGAGAGACCACGCAUCGGCUAUGGCGCGAACUCGAGGACGGCUCGGGCAGUAUCUUUUUACUUUUGACGAUAAGCGGCACCACGGCCAGCGAGACAAUCAGCGAUUUGGCCGCGCACGAGGAAACACCGGUGGAACACGCGCAAACGGUCCAACGGUAUUCCGUCAUGAACACCCUGCAGAGGAUACGUGACGUAGGCCACUUGACAGUGAAGGUAUACCGUGCACAAGGUCUCGCAGCUGCUGAUCUCGGUGGUAAAAGCGACCCCUUCUGCGUUCUGGAGCUCGUAAAUUCUAGAUUACAAACGCAAACGGAAUAUAAAACCCUCGCGCCAAAUUGGCAGAAAAUUUUCACCUUCAACGUAAAGGAUAUAAAUUCCGUCCUGGAGGUGACGGUAUACGACGAGGAUCGAGAUCACAAGGUGGAGUUUCUCGGGAAGGUAGCGAUACCAUUACUAAAAGUUCGUAACGGCGAGAAACGGUGGUACGCGUUGAAGGACAAGAAAUUGAGGGGCCGAGCGAAGGGCAACUGUCCACAGAUCCUCUUGGAGAUGACCGUCAUAUGGAACAUAUUCAGGGCGUGCAUUCGAACGCUUAAUCCGAAGGAAAAAAAGUACAUGGAGCCGGAAGUGAAAUUCAAGAGACAAGUCUUUCUGCGAAACGUUCUUAGGCUCAAAGCGAUUAUCGUAAUAUUCAUUGACAUAGGGAAAUACAUACAGAGCUGCUGGGAAUGGGAAAGCAAGAUGAGAAGCGUCUUCGCUCUGGUCAUUUUUAUUCUUGGAUGUUACUACUUCGAGCCGUAUAUGAUACCGGGCGUGGCGUUAUUGAUUCUUCUAAAGUACUAUCUGCUUAGCGGCGAGAGGAGCGGGUUCAAUCAUUGGAUUUGCGGGCAGGUCGCAGUGGUGACGGGCGCACCUUUGAUUUACGCAACUUCGCAGUUUCAAGAUCACGCCGAUAUUGGGUCCGACGAUUGUCCGACGCCGGGGGACGACGACGAUGACGAGGAUGACAAAGAUAAAGAGGAGAAGAAAAGUCUGAAGGAGCGUUUACAGGCGAUCCAAGAGGUGACGCAAACAGUUCAGAACUCAAUCGGCUACAUAGCGAGUCUUUGCGAGAGAGUGAAGAACCUCUUCAACUUCACGAUCCCCUAUUUAAGCUACCUGGCGAUACUUCUGACGAUCGCCGGGGCGAUCGUGCUCUAUUUUAUUCCUGUCCGGUAUUUAAUCCUCGUCUGGGGAGUCAAUAAGUUCUCUAGGAAAAUCCUCAGGCCUCACUCCGUGCCCAACAACGAGCUCCUCGAUCUUAUAUCCAGAGUGCCUGACGACGAAGAGUUACUUAAUUAUAGAGAACUAAAACCCGUGCCGACGGCGGAUUGCGAGAGAGGCGGUAGCUCGGGCAGUCCCGGUUCGAACGUGACGAGAAGAGAGCAGAGAAAGAGGCACAAGGCGGCGUAGCAGAAUUUCCCGCGGCCGGAUGUCGCGGGUCCAAGGUCGUCCAGUAUCCUUAAAUCGGUCCUGCUGCGCCGGAAAUUGCGACAGCGAAAGGGAUCAGCGGAAAAUACGGAUGUGAUCGACAUAGACUGAAUAUUAGUUUAUUUUGUACCCUCCCUCGGUCGUGAGAGUCGUCUCGAAUCUAACGGUCAGUCGUUAGUGAAGGUAUCGCACAUGGUGUGCCUGAUGCCUCGAAGGAGAGAAAGACAGAGAGAGAGAGAGAGAGAGAGAGAGAGAGAGAGAAGUGAAAAUGUAGCAAUUAUGAAAAAUAUUAACGCCGAAAAAGAAUAAUUGAAUAACAAGAUUGAAUUUAUUUUGAGCGUAUGUGAUACAUUUGUUACGUAAUAAUGAGAACAAGAGGGAUUUUAUCGCGUAGGAUGAAGUAUUAUGCACUGCGGUAUAAACAAACGAUUGAUGAUCAUGUGAUAUGUCUUGACGCAUCACAUUGAAAGAGAGUAUAAAAAACAAUAAAAGUAUAAAAAGGCACAAUUAUAUGGUGGAAUAUAUAUAUCAUGAAAUAUUAUACGAUUAUACGGAAUAUAAAUCGCGUUAUAGAAUUAUGGGUAUAUAAUGUCAAUACAUUAAAAAUGUAUAUAACACAUAUUGUAUAUUAAAAUGACGAAUUGCCAUUGCCAUUACAAUUAAUUAUACAAUGAAUUAUAUGAUCAUGUCGUUUUUUUUCCGCAGUAGCUCGGAGAUUUUAUUGCUAUACUUAUUUUUUUAAAAGAAAUGUGAUCAUUAACAGUUUUUUUUAAAUUUAUAGUUUUCAUCCAUUGAAUAAAUCGAAAGUAAAUUUAGA